ACGCAUGCGCUUAUACCCAGGAAACGCUGGGUCUGCAGGGCAAGCGUUCUGCAGCAUGGAUGCGGCGGAGUUGGGAGCUUUUACUCCCGAGCAAGCGGCGGCUCCUGUAAAUAAGGUGGAGGAGAAAUGGAGACUACUUCCAGCUUUUUUGAAGGUAAAAGGACUUGUAAAGCAACAUAUAGAUUCAUUCAAUUAUUUCAUCAAUGUAGAGAUAAAGAAAAUAAUGAAAGCCAAUGAAAAAAUUACAAGUGAUGCUGAUCCAAUGUGGUAUUUAAAAUAUCUCAAUAUUUAUGUGGGUACUCCAGAUGUUGAAGAAAGCUUCAAUGUAACAAGACCUGUUUCUCCUCAUGAGUGUCGCUUGAGAGAUAUGACUUAUUCUGCCCCAAUUACAGUGGACAUUGAAUAUACUCGAGGCAGCCAAAGAAUUAUUCGUAAUGCAUUACCCGUUGGCAGGAUGCCAAUAAUGUUACGUAGUUCCAAUUGUGUUCUCACUGGGAAAACUCCAGCAGAAUUUGCAAAGCUUAACGAGUGUCCUUUAGAUCCAGGCGGCUACUUCAUUGUCAAAGGAGUGGAAAAGGUCAUUCUUAUCCAAGAGCAGUUAUCAAAAAACCGAAUAAUAGUGGAAGCUGACAGAAAAGGAACAGUUGGGGCAUCAGUUACCAGCUCUACGCAUGAGAAGAAGAGCAGAACAAAUAUAACUGUGAAGCAAGGAAGGUUUUAUCUGAAGCAUAACACCCUUUCAGAAGAUAUUCCUAUAGCAAUAAUCUUUAAGGCCAUGGGGGUUGAGAGUGACCAAGAGAUUGUGCAGAUGAUUGGAACAGAAGAGCACGUGAUGGCUGCGUUUGGCCCCAGCUUGGAGGAAUGCCAAAAAGCUCAGAUUUUCACACAGAUGCAGGCAUUGAAAUAUUUGGGAAAUAAAGUCCGAAGGCAGCGAAUGUGGGGCGGUCCCAAGAAAACCAAGAUGGAGGAAGCAAGAGAGUUGUUGGCAACAACUAUUCUUGCCCAUGUGCCGGUAAAAGAAUUCAACUUCCGCUCCAAGUGCAUCUAUACAGCUGUUAUGGUCCGCAGGGUGAUUCUAGCUCAAGGAGAUAACAAAGUGGAUGACAGAGAUUAUUAUGGAAACAAGAGGCUGGAACUAGCAGGACAGCUUCUGUCCCUUCUGUUUGAAGACUUGUUUAAAAAAUUCAACUCUGAGUUGAAGAAAAUUGCUGACCAAGUAAUUCCCAAGCAAAGAGCUGCCCAGUUUGAUGUAGUUAAACACAUGCGGCAAGAUCAGAUAACCAAUGGUAUGGUGAAUGCCAUCUCUACAGGAAAUUGGUCACUGAAGAGAUUCAAGAUGGAUCGACAGGGUGUGACUCAAGUAUUGUCACGGUUGUCCUAUAUAUCUGCUUUGGGGAUGAUGACAAGGAUUUCUUCUCAGUUUGAAAAGACCAGGAAAGUGAGUGGCCCCCGAUCUCUGCAGCCAUCUCAGUGGGGAAUGCUGUGCCCAUCAGAUACUCCUGAAGGAGAGGCCUGUGGCUUGGUUAAAAACCUAGCACUGAUGACUCAUAUUACUACUGACAUGGAAGAUGGCCCUAUUAUUAAGUUAGCUAGUAACCUUGGAGUAGAAGAUGUAAACCUUCUGUGUGGAGAGGAACUUUCAUAUCCAAAUGUGUUUCUUGUUUUCCUUAAUGGUAACAUCCUUGGUGUCAUUCGAGAUCAUCAGAAACUAGUCUACACAUUCCGGCUGAUGCGUAGAGCAGGCUAUAUAAAUGAAUUUGUUUCAAUCUCCACAAAUCUUGCAGACAGAUGUGUCUAUAUUUCUAGUGAUGGUGGAAGGCUAUGUAGACCCUAUAUUAUUGUGAAGAAACAAAAACCUGCUGUAACAGAAAAACAUAUGGAAGAACUUGCACAAGGUUAUAGGAAUUUUGAAGACUUUUUACAUGAAAGCCUUGUUGAAUAUUUGGAUGUGAAUGAAGAAAAUGAUUGCAACAUUGCACUCUAUGAACAUACAAUCAAUAAAGAGACAACACACUUGGAGAUUGAACCUUUUACUCUUCUUGGAGUCUGUGCUGGUCUUAUUCCAUAUCCCCACCAUAACCAGUCUCCAAGAAACACUUACCAGUGCGCUAUGGGAAAGCAAGCUAUGGGUACCAUUGGCUACAAUCAGAGGAACAGGAUUGAUACCCUUAUGUAUCUAUUAGCAUAUCCACAAAGACCAAUGGUUAAGACAAAAACAAUAGAACUGAUUGAGUUCGAAAAACUGCCGGCUGGACAGAAUGCCACUGUUGCUGUGAUGAGUUACAGUGGUUAUGACAUUGAGGAUGCUCUGGUUUUAAACAAGUCUUCUUUAGACAGAGGCUUUGGAAGGUGCCUUGUGUACAAAAAUGCUAAGUGUACUCUGAAGCGUUACACAAACCAAACAUUUGACAAAGUAAUGGGGCCCAUGCUGGAUGCAGGAACACGCAAACCAAUUUGGCGGCAUGAAAUUUUAGAUGCUGAUGGUAUUUGCUCUCCAGGUGAAAAAGUAGAAAACAAGCAAGUACUUGUGAAUAAGUCGAUGCCCACGGUGACCCAAACCCCUUUGGAAGGGAGCAGCGCAUCUCAGCAAUCUCAGUAUAAAGAUGUGCCAGUAAUUUACAAAGGUGCAACUGAUUCGUACAUUGAAAAGGUCAUGAUAUCUUCCAAUGCAGAAGAUGCUUUUUUAAUCAAAAUAUUACUAAGACAAACUAGGCGCCCAGAAAUUGGAGAUAAGUUUAGCAGUCGUCAUGGACAAAAAGGAAUCCCAGUGAAGGAGAAAAGUUAGAGUCCUUUGAUGUGAAAAAGCAAUCUAUCACUUCUCUGAAAGAUCGGUCUCAGUCUCUCAUGUGAAAAAGGAUUAACACUACUGACAAAGGUCGUGCAAAUCACAGAACUAAACAGUAGUGCUGAGCAGUAUUCUUCAAGUGGAAGAACUGUAUUUAAGCAAUGAGGAUAGGAAUGGCAAACAGAAGCUGUUUUAAUAGCUAAAGAUCCCUGAUAAAGGCUUAAACCUUUCUUGAGUAUCUACAAUAAAAAUACUUCUAGAAACAAUGAAAUGUUUGUACAUUCAUUGAUAUUAUAUUUAUGAAAACAUUCUGAUGUGUUUCUUUUGGUGCAGAAUAUAUUUUAUUUGCAAAACUGAUUAUCUCUGACUAUUAAUAAAUAAUGCAAAAACACAAACAUUUUUAUUAAAUCUAUAUGGCUUUUCUUCCUUGAAUUGGACACAUCUGAAUAGGUAUUUGUCUUGAAUGUUUUUUAUAUAUUUCUUUUCAACCAACAGAAUCCGAAAACAGUUUAAAUAAAAUAAGCCAAUUAACACAAUCCUACAAAUAUCAGAAUAAGCUUCAUUUAAAUUAAUGUUUUACUAAGUUUCUCCUAGGUAAAUGCAAAAGAAUGUGUCCUAAAAAAACAAGAAAAUUGGACUUCAAAUGUCAUUAGAGGCAUACAUCAAGUGAUAGAUAAAAUCAAACUCCAGCUGAACUAGUAAAAUCAUACUGGUUAAUUAAUAUCAUAAAUGUUCUGAUAAAUGCAGUUUUCUAUAAACAAAGUCAGAAGACACCACUACCAAUGGCUGGCAUUUAAUAGCCAGCCACUGUUAUUCUAUAAAUUCUUGUUUUCGUCUAAUAUGGAGCCUUUACCCUUGUGCAAUGUGUAGGUUUCUUGUUUAAAUGAUUGGAAUCAUACUUCAUAAACAAAAUACUAAAAAGAAUAAUGUUGAAUUAAAUCAAUCUUUAUAAGCUAGCAGCCUGUUUUCAAAAUAAUUGGGGGUAAGAGAGGCAUAAGUAUUCACUAUACACUAUAUUACCCAUACUGCCUCUGACAUUACAGUUAACAUAUACUAAACAUAAUAAGAAGCCACUGAUAGGCGUAUCUUCUCUGAUUUACUUUAUACAUAAUUACAUAUUUCACAGAUAACAUAUUUUACAGUUUAACAAAGCAUGCAAGUAAGAAAAUGAUGGACAAAUAGUUUUAACUAGAUUCACAGAAAGAUGCAAUUCUGUUUUUUCUACCCAACUCAUUCCAGGAUCUUGAAUCAGGUUACAUUUCCUAAAGACCUUACAAAGUCAUACUGAAUUAAUAUGUAACGAAAUAUUAUUCAUUCUUUUUAAUUUACUCUUUGCCAAUUUAAAGCAAGUCCAUAUUUUUUAAAAAAGCACCCAAACCUUCAAGCUUUUCGUCAUAUUUUCUUCAACAAGGUAUUUAACUUACUAUUCUAACAUCAAAUGAGCAUUUUGACUAAAGAAGCAAACCAGUAACCUUCUGACCCUUUUCAGUAAUUUCCUCCCCCUCCCUUACUUUUCCCCUUUCUACAAUAUAUUUUAGGAUAAAAAGCUCUUAAUUUUGCUUAAAUUUUGAAACCAUUUUUUUCUGAAGCUCAUGAUUAAGUUCCCCAUAUGUAUUUUUCAAAGUACCUCUAGGUGUUUUACAGUUACUGCUUCUAGGAACAUUGCAAAAUUUUAAGUUAACCAGUUCUUUUUGUCCUUCAGACUAUGCAAAUUUAUCACAUCAGGCCAUUCAGCAGCUCAUGGGAAACCAAACUAUAAGCAGUAUUGUCUUUUAGCGCCUCCUCCAACUUGGAAUGGUUUUAAUAAAGAGACUAAUCAAGUUGCUUAUGUAUUAUCUAUUGGUUAAAUUUUGUUUUGUUGUAUCUAAAAUUUGCCCAAUGAGAUGACAAAACUGUCAAUUAUUCACUAUUGGAAAAUUAAUUGUUCCCUGUUAGGGGAAUUUGUCCAUAUUGGCAAAAAGUUUCCACUAACUGGAAGACCAUUGGUUUCUGGGGGGGAGGUUCCCACCCUAGUACAGCAAUAACUAGAUUCCAUAAAUACAUCUGUACUGUUCUAAAUUGAUGGAAAUAAAAAAGAGAGAGUAGGUAUGAAGAUUAUUAUGAACUCUUAAUACCAAUUGGAAUUAAUAAAUUACUAAGAAAUAUGUUUUAAAAUACAUGAAGUGUAUUUUAAAAUAUUCUAAAAUAUAUUUCAUAUAUUUUAUAAGAAUAUAUUAAGUUAAUAGCAUUUCAGGAUCUCAUGCUGCAGAAUUUUAAGAUGGACAGAAUAGUGGGAGAUGCAGUGUUUCAUUACAUGCAUUAUUUUAUGAAAUGAAAGAUCUUCUGUUGAACAUGGUACAUAAAGUUUUAAAAUUACACUAAAUAUCUAGAAGACACUGUCGUAAUGGCAAGUUCUAUUUUUAAUCUUUUCAGUAGAAACUGAUAAUACUGCAGCUGUGGCUUCUGAUCUUUUAAUUGUGGCCUGGCUUACAUUCUUAUACUGUGGGGCUUAAUCGGGGUUUAAAUGUCAUAGGAUUAUUUGUCUUUUUGAAUUUUAAGUGCUUUACUAUUUAGUUCCAUGGAGUAUCAGUUUGUUCUUGCUGCCUUUCUGCACGGUUACAGAAUAGUACAGAUUUUUACAAUUAAAAAACAAACAUUAUAAAUAUUAACUAAUUUUGGAUUUUGUACAUGAGAUUUUGCAGAACAUCAGAAUAUUUUGGCUUGAAAACCAGAACUUCACAUACACUAUCUAUCCCAAACUGGACUUUGAAUUAACAACUCUGCAUGAGUGAUGAUGUGCAGCUUUUUGAUGCAGAACAGAGAAGGUACUUUGGAGAGUGGGGUGAUUUUUGCUGCACCUUUCUUAAAGAAGAUCUACUUUUUCCCAAUAAUUACAUAAUUCCAGUAAAGUGUACCUUUGAGAUAUGGAGGGUAUGACAAGAUAAAGGCAGUGCCAUCUCUUGAAAUUUACACAUAUAUUCCUACAUUAUAGUGUGGUUACUGUGUGAGACCAGGAAAAGAGAUGGUUUCCUUAAGCUGCAUCCCCUUUGAAAUAUCUCCUCUGCAUUGGAUCUGAAGAGUAGCACAUUUAAAUAUAGGAGAUUGUUUAAUGUAGCUAUUAUCCUAGCCACAGGCAUAUUCACCAAUGUCAGUUCAGAAGUUCCAAGAUUAAUUAUUAUCCUUGAUUUAAAUAACCUUGCCCUAUGAGUCAAGGUAAUAUUUCAUAUCUCUGCGAGUUACUAUUUAAGUGCAUAAAAUCAUCUAUCCUUGUGAGCAAUAAAAAGAACAAAUGAAGAACCCGCUUAUAAAAAAUGUUGUCAAAAUAUUUUUAAUUUAAAAUUGUGUGUUAGAUUUUGCUCUUUUGUGUUAAUAGUCAAAUAACCAGUUUUGUUUUUCAUCAGUUCUCCUGUGUUGAAAUAAUUGGAACAAGGGCAAAUAUUGAUGAAGUUUGUUAUACAAAGACUUAUUCGUUAAAACUUAGGUCUUAAUUCUGUGCUCCUAGAAAAAGGUGGGUGCAUUCAUCAGAAAUCAUGGACAGGCAAGGUACAUAGAAUGUAAUAAUAUAGUACCUCUAGUCCAUAAUGAGCAUUAUAUUGAAACAGAAAUCUGGGGUACCUUUAUAUAAAUCUGGUUUUCUUUUUAAAAUAUAAUUGACAGUAUGCAUCUGUGCUUAAAAUUACAUGCCAUUGGUUUUGAAAAGAACUUACUUCCAAAACACCGAAAGGUAGUAUUGCAAUCUAAAACUUUUUAUUUUUUUAAACAUAAUGGUGGUCCCCUUUAGCUAUUUUUUGUACAUAUUCAAAGAUCUGUGAAUAUGUAUAUAUAUUUAGGUGGUGGAAUAAUUCUUUAAACAUUCAUACGGAUAGAGUAGUUUUUGUGUUUCAGCAACUUUUACUUUUGUUGUAUAAUUUGAAAAGGACGUAUCAUUUUGCUGUAUUAGAAAGCCUUUAGUAUAAAGUAAAAGAUAAAGCCUGCAGUUUAAAAUAACAUUUUAACUUAAUAAUGAAGCAAAUAUAUUCUUAGAUUGAAAAAAAAUGUUAGCAUUCUAGAGACAAAAAAGCAGAAGUGCUAUUGCUCAAUUCUUUAUAAAUGUGUAUGUUUUAUUGUGUUUCAAUUGAUCAGCUUUUUAGAGUUUGAUUAAAAUUAAGAAUUUUAACUUACUUCUGAAAAUAAGAACUUUUAAAGAUGUCUUGUAAAAGUAGUGGUUUCUUUUCCCUGCGAGUCUUUCUAAAUAUUUUGUUUUAACGUCUAAUCUCAUUAUGCUUUCUUUGUGUUUAACUUGUAUUAAAAUCUGUCAGCUAUGACUGGUCUCAUAAGCACAGUCAGCGGACCAGAAUAAGUUAAUUAUUUACUUGUGUCACUAGUGCUCUUCAUCUAAUGAAAUGCACAGCUGUGUUAGAUCUGCAGUUGGACGUCUCGAUUCCAUUGUUAUACAAGUCAGCAAAGGGUAGAAGCUGCUAUGAUGGAGAGGCCUCUGUUCUUUCUGCUGUUCUGCCUUUCUGUGUCGAUUUCAUGGAUCUUUUAUCAUUCACUUUCACACAAAACAAACAACACAGUGGCUGUCUGCUAUGGGAACCGUCUUGGCAUAUAAAAGGGUUUCAGUGCCUGAAGUAAUUUUAAGUUAGCCCAGAUUUAAUUUUUGCCUUAUAGGUGCCCUUUCAGCAUAAUAAUACCAUGCAAGGUCCUAGUGAAGGGAAAUUUGACCAAAGCUGUCCAAUCUGUGUGUAAAAAAAUAAAAAAAUAGUCGGUAUGUGAAGCAGGUGUUGAAUACUUGAUGUGCAUAUGAACCAAUUAUUAUGGUAAACAUUUCCUGUGUAUCUGUAUUUGUGUGUGUGUGUGUGUGUGUGUAUAAACAUAUUUGAUUUAUAUAUGUGAUACUUUGUUUGUUUGCUAGGAAAUAGCCAGUUUCCUAUCAUGGACUAUAUGCAUUUUCCCCAUGGCCAGUCAUUUUUACACAUUAACCAUUUAUUUAUUUGUAUUUAUUAAAUCUCAAGGUAGCUCAGUUGCUCAUUUUGAAAUGUGGGUUUCAACUGUUUUUGACAAUUUGAUCUUACCAAAUGAAAGUGUGAAUCACUAUUUAUUUAUUAUGAAUUAAAUUGGAUAGACUGCAUAGACAGGUUAAGGUAUUAGAGAAGAACUGGAUGGCCUUGGUUCCAAGUUCACUCUUAGGCAUGGAAGCUUACUGGAUGUCUAAGAGCAGUCUCUGGUCUCAAACAAAUCUACCUCCCAAGGUGGCUGUUGGGAGGUUAAAAAUGAAGAGAAAUAACCAUGUAAACUGCCUUGAGGAAGAAAGACAGACUAUCAAUUUAAUCACUAAAUAAAAUCUUUAAAAAUCUUGUUUCAUUAUAUCUUCCCUACACCCUGUGAGCUUAGUUCCUUGGUUAGUGUUCUGAGCAAGCUCGGGAUGACUAUACUAUCCUUCCUUUCCCUUCAAAAGUAAGGCAGUUGGUUGACUUAAAUUAUUUUUAGUCAGCUCAUUAUGACUACUAAGUUUUCUCUAGGUUAAGACUUCAUGCGUGUAAGAAUAUUUUUGUAGGAAGCGUUUUAAAACUAUUUUCUAACCUAAAACUUAACAUUUGUUUAGUAAUCAUUUAGGAGAGGAAUUGGACUACAUAAAAACAUAAAAUAUGCUAUUGAUCUGAGGUAUAGUGCAGAUUCUUUGCUUUUCUUUGAAAUAUUCACU